UGCACAUCGGUCUAUUAUUAGACUCGACGCAUGCAGCACGAAGCAGGAAGCACAGCUGCGCAGACGAACAGACGCAAUCGGGGUGUCGUCUGCAAUGUCGAAGGGAGCAGAAGUGGCCAUACUGACACUGGUGAACAAGAUGUAGCGAGACAGUGUGACAGCCAUUGCAUUUGUGAAUCCCGACAUUGUUCUAUCUGCUGUUUAAUUCAGACUGACCAGACAGUAAAGUGCUCCAGACUGACUAACACCAAACUAAUCCCUCAAAAGUUGAGUUGAAAGUCAGCUGCCUUCACCUGUUGCACGUGUAGGGCCCAGGAUGAUCAUACUAUUAAAAGCUUUACUCACAGGUGACUUGCAUUGUGGAGUUAAAAAUCACCGAUUACAUUAAUAAGGCAUUCUACAUUUGUCUUCUGUCAUCACACUGAUCAAACCGGUGAUGACAAUUUAAAGAAAUUAUUGUAAACAGUUAAAUCUCAAGGCCAGGACCAAUCUACAAAAAUAUAUUUGACUAAUCAAGAUAGAGCAAGCAGACAACGGAGUUUAAGCUUCGUGUUUUGUGAUUGUCUGUCGUCUGGUUCUCAAGAAAGAGUACACAAAUGGCGGGAGCCGGUCAAGAAUCGGGCGUUAAACACAAAGGGAAUUUAGCAACCCUGUUUCCUAAAAUAAAAAUAUGCAAGCUGCGUUACGAAUUUUCCUUAAAAGGGGGACACACUGAAACAGACCCAGAAUAUGUUUUCGUCGAGCAGCUUGAAAAAGAAAAUAGGCUUAAACAAAUGAAAACUGAUUUGAGCAAAACUACACAGCUGUCAUUUAGUGAUGUUGACAUGGGUAUUGUGACUGCGAAAUUUAAAGUACCAACCAACCCCAAAGACAGCAAGAAAUGGAUGGAGGAUGUGAGACAUGUGGUGUACACUAAAAAUAAAGUCCACUCACAAGUUUUUCAAACCGGCCAGUUGUCAGAGAAGAUUAUACAGGAGUUGACGUCGACGUACCCUGAAGGGAAGGCGUCUUGUUAUCUCAGCAAUGACAAGCAAAGUUUGCUGGUCACAUCCAGCGAUGAUGAUGAGAUGCAGAAAAUCAAAAGUUUUGUGGAAUCCAGGAUACCGGGAACUGACAUAUCACAGACGAAACAACCGUCCGCCCAGCCUGUCAAGGUGUCAGGAAAGAAAUCUCCAGUCACUAACAAGACAACCAUUAGCAUGUCCUCUGAGAGUAAAGAGGAAUCUGAUGAAAGGUCUCCAGUUUCCAAAACGUCAGGUGAUAGUGCCUGCUCCCAGAGAAAGGACAAAGCAGACAAAAAAUCGCCUUCCAUGGCGACAGCAGAUAUGGACAGGUCACCAAUGGCACAAAACGAAUAUGGAACAAAGUCACCAGUAAAUAAAACAACUGGUAGCAGCUGUUUCAAGAGCGACCACGAGCACGAGAAGAAAUUGCCAAAGACGGAAAAAGUAGCACUUAGUGGCUCAACUGAAGUUGAAGAUAUGUCUAGGGAAAAGUCGUCGGACAUCGCACCACCUGACAUACUGACGUCUUCCAAUGCUGAAAUAAAGUCGGAAUAUAAAUUACCAGUCAGCAGCCAAGAAGUCAGUAGUCCCUCAGGCGAAGUUCAUCCCUCACUGCAGCCACAUACACAGGUCUCUGUGGCGACCGCUGAUGGACAAACUUCUGCACGUUUCGAUGCAGAACUAGAUUCUCAAGGAAAUACACUUGCUGCGUCUGCAUCCAAAGAUGUACAUCCAGUUACUAUUAGUGACACAAAUCGAGAUAUCUCGAGUGGAAUCGCAGCACAAGCUAGUCACAAGCGGACAUCAGCGGAACCAUUCACUUCUGGUGGAAGUCUGGAUCAUACUUCUCGUCAAGAGAGGUCUUUAGAAUCUUCCUUCGUUCAAUCGGUUGACAAAGAUUUGAAACCCACGGUAACAGCCCCUACAGAUGCCCAACCACCCAUUACCACGAAAAGAACAAUAGAAGUGCCAGAACAGUUUUUUAAGCUUCUCCAGGGACAAAGAGUGCGGCAGGACUUUUUUAGUGAGCUAGAGAAGAGCAGAGUCAAGAUCGACGAAGACAGCGUAGCCAGUGGACAUAUUGUCGUCACCCACGGUGACCGCGAAGAGGUCAUCAAAGCUCUCCAAAGGGUAAUUGACACACUGGACCUGGCCGACAGGAUGAAGGACGAAGACGUCUUGCAAGCCCUCUGCUCACUACGCAAACAGUUUCCCGAUCAGGUGGAACUUGACAAAAGUGUUAUAACAUUUCACAGAAAGGUAGAAGCGGAGGUAAAAGCAGCGGUUGAAAUUGCGGUUAGCAAACCUGUCUCUAUUCCGCUGUCACUGGAGCAGAUGAAUUAUAUUCAGUAUCACCUGAGUUCUAUACGGCAGUCAGCAGGCAGCAGUGACGUCCUCCUACAAGAAGGCGAUGGAAUGAAGGGAGUUUUGGUGAUUUCCCCCCCACCAGCAAAUAUCAGGGCAGUUAAAAGCAUGGUAGAGGAAAUGACAGCCAACAUUCAUCACAAAAAAGAAAAUAUGGAGCCCUCAGAAGUGCUAUACUUAAGUGGGGUCAAAGGUCAAAUUGAGGUAAAGGAACUGGAGACGAAGAACAGUUGCCGGAUUUCUGUCAUCUCCCCUGGUCACCAAGUUCUGACUCGAGCCGAGUCGACUGGCGGAUGUCGUCUGCUUCUGUGCGAGGGCAACAUGGCGGCCAGUGACUGCGACGUGGUGGUCUUCCCACUCACCGAGAACCAGAAAGAAUGGCCUCUUUCACAGAGAUUAAUUCUGGAAAAAGGUCUGUUGGCGUCUAGUACAGAACCGUACAAACUCCUUUGUAGUGCGUCAACAAAGACAUCAAUUCUAAGGGUUCAGUGUCAGGGGAAUGGGGCUGGCCAGCAGGUGGUCAUGGUCAGCGGGCAGCACGAUCUCACUGCAGUAGGAGACUCUACCGUAGGAGACGCCCUGCGUGAAGUACUGACGUCCUCUCUAGGGUCAGGGGCCAGCAUGGCGCUGCCUGUCCGCCAGGACGCUGAUGUGACGCCCGCCUACAACCUGACUAUACUUCUUCAAACCAUCGGCCAGCUUGACCGUGAGGCCAAAGGUCGAGAGGUCAGCAACGCAACUGUCGUUCUGUACCUGGAGAAUAUCUCUGACGCUGAGCGGCGGGAAGCUGCAAAGACUGCGGAAAAUGUCCUGAAGCAGCUGAGGUGGGAUGUGCAGACAGAUGUUGUUGCUGUUUAUGGAGAAACCGACAAAUCACUUCCAUCCGUCACUAUUAGCGGCUUACAGGAGGAUGUGAAGAAAGCAUUCUCUGAGCUGAAGAGCAUGCGGGUGUCAGAUAAAUACAAGGUUCAUGCUGAUACGAUCGCCGCUGACUCAAUCAUGGCCAGGCCACAGGCAGGCAAACAUCUGACAUCAGCAACAGAGGCCAUCAACAAGGUGGAGGAGAAUUUACCAGCACAACAGAAGAAGAGAAUACAAAACACAGACUACCUCUUGAAGCUUGAAGCAUUGCAGUAUCUGCUGGGAGAGGAUUUUGCGGAUAUCACCAUCCUAGACAGAGAAGGAAAGUCUGUGAAAAUACAAAUAUCUUCUCAGAGUGACAAACUCAUGCGAGAAGACAUGCCGAUAAAUGAUAUUCAGUGGGGCGAUGUCUUGAACGCUGGAAGAAAAAUCCAGUCAGAAGGAAUAAAAGCUUUCGUCAAACCUUUGCUUUUCCAAGACAAAUUAGCUAUUUUUGCGCUCGACGAGGACGCCAUGAUGAAAGCCAAGCGGCUGAUCACCUUCGGAACUGAGAAGUCAAGAGGCACGAGCUUCCGGUCAGGAGAAGCAGGCGACCAGACAAACAGCCCGGUCAAGCCUGUUGCUGAAGCAAGCUGUGGAGCGGAUUUCAUCACUAAAUCGGGCAUCAGAGUGUCCGUGUACAAGACAGACAUCACCAAGCUGGUGGUGGACGUCAUCGUGAACGCUGCCAACGGUCGUCUGAUGCAUGGCGGAGGUGUGGCGGCAGCCAUAUCCCGGGCAGCCGGCCGCGCGCUGGACGAGGAGGGGGACAUCUUCGUCGAUAGGUUCGGUCAACUGGAGGUAUCGGAGGUGCUGCCGACAACAUCCGGGAACCUGCCUUGCAAGACCGUGUUUCACGCCGUGGGGCCCUGCUGGUACGAUUACCAGAACAAGGACAAGUGUGCGGUGGACCUGCAACGGACGGUCUUUAACUGCCUGACGAAGGCUCACAGCCUGAAGUUUACUUCUAUUGCUGUCAGCUCAAUCAGUUCAGCCAUCUUUGGUGUGCCGGAAAAAGUGUGUGCACAGAUGUACCUGAGAGCAGUGCAGCAGUUUGAGCAUCAGUAUGGCGGGAAGACAAAGUUACAGCACAUCCACUUUGUUGAUGUCAGAGAUGUGAUGGUGAGCGUUAUCCGAGACAUAUUUACCCGCCAGUGGAACUCGGAUGCACUGUCUCCUUCACGCGCCGAGGGACACACCCAUAACCCCAGCAGAAGUGAGCAUGAUGAAGCUACCCAAGAUCCUCGCAGAAAGGGAUUUAGCAAUAACCAAGACCCAGGCAGACAAAAGCAUUACGAAGAUUCACAAGUCCCUAGCAGACGAGACCAUGAUGAUGUUCAAGACCGAGGGAAGAGUUACAAAAGUAUCCAGGAUUCCGGCAGACAGGAGUACAAUAAUGACUAUCAGACGACAAGCAAACAAGAGAGUAACACCGGUAGUCAGGAGUAUAGUAGAAACAACAUGGAGCAUAAUAGAGGAAACAUGGGGUACAGCAAUCAGAAGCAUAAGGACAGUCACGAACAUGGUAGGGUUAUGCAGGAAGGGUAUGGCAGGAGCAGUCAGGACUAUGGCAGGAGCAGUCAGGAGCAUGGAAAGAGCUUCCAGGAGCAUGGUGGGGUCAGUCAAUGUUAUAGAAGGGGCAGUCAUGAAAAUCGCAGGGGCUUCCAGGAUGAAGGACCCUACGGACAGGAAAGCCAAACAGAUGCCCAUGAAAGUAGCAACUGGGAGACAAACACACAACAAUCAACAGAUCCUCGUGGAAGUGCAAGGCACGAUCCAAAGGGAGCUCAGGACAGAGAAAGUGGAGGAAACGACCAGCAAAUAUAUCAUCAAAGAGGUGGUGGCGGAGGUGGCACAGGUCAAGAUCUAAAGGGCAAUCCUCACAAGCAUCAAAAGAGCAAGAAAAAGAAGAAGUGAUCAUGCAGAAGUGACCACCAUCUGAAACAUCGCCAGAAGCCUCAAAUCGCAAAAAAGUCGACAAUUAUUUUAAACAUUUCGUUCACUAUUUUAGUGGCUUGUGUAAUAAGAGCACUUAUUGUUUUUGUCUAUGUAUGAGACAUUACUCAGCGUAAACUGUGUGGGUUUUGUAAACUCCAGUGUCUCAAAGUUUUUUUAAAAUCGUGUUUAUCAUUUAUUUUUAAUUAUUUUAAAAAGCUGAACUAAAGUAUGCGUUAAUUUGUGGUAAUAGCAGGUGAUGUGACUAGGUGUUUUCUUACAGUGUUUUUUGCAUUUAUUAAAAAUAGAGCCCUGUGUUAGUAAGCGCAGAGUUUUAGUGUCUAACAUGUAUACUAUUCAUUUCAAAGAUAACUUGGAAUAAAAUAUAUUUAAUCUACACUUUGUGCGAGCGCCUGAUAAUGUCGCAGGUUCAUUUCCGCGCUUCUCGAAGUUCCUGCACAGAGUUGUCUGUACUGAACCAAAGUUACUUCCCAUGUCUUGUCUAGAGUGUCAUUUUCAUGAGAAACCUUUUUACGUGCGCUGUCUUUAUUUUAAAAAGCUUGUACCAGAGAACACUGUAUUUUUUCAGGACAAUCUGGGAGCUGUACGCAAAUGUAAACAAGUCACACUACCAAGAAUAAAUCAGACUGACCUCAAGUUUCAUUGUGAGCAGCUGAGAAACUUGAUUUUUACUGUAUCUACUUCUAUUACUUCUUCUCUGUUGCUAUACGGGGCUGACUUAUUCAACAUCAGUAGUGUAUCGCGUGUGGGCUUUAGUACCAGAAAUUGUUUCAUAUUGUGUUCUACGUUUCAUUAGGAAUGCAUAUCAAUUUAUCUGCAUUGAGCCAGAGGUUUAAUUAAAUUCCCCUGUCUCCUGUAACAAAAGUAGGUGCGACAAAUGUAUGUUCAGUCUGUACCAUAAAUAAACCCAAUGACAUUUAAAGAUGCAUACAAUAUCUCAAGUCUUUUUCGUUUAAUCUUGAAUGUACUUUGAACUGUAUGCAUUAGAGAACAAUAUCUUUUUGUAAGAGGUACAACGCAUUGUAAUGAGCGCAGAAAGCUAAAUUACAUUCACUUAGCAAUAGAAAUGUCAGAUUCUCUCAGCUCGAGAAGUUAACAUAUCUGCGACAUUUUGUGGUCAUAAUUGUGAUGAAAAAAAUGUUGCUACUAUAACACUUGCGCGAAUCACCCAAAAAAUUCUAGCUUGAUUGCAAGUUCAGUUCGUUAUUGUAAAAUAGUUUGAAGAGUAUUUUUAAUGCUUGUUGCUUGGUUUUGGUUUGAAAAUUUCUAAUAAAAUAUUAAAAAUUAUUAGAAAAAAA